AAGCGACUUUUGUCCAAUAAGCAGCGGGGUCUCGGGCUCCUCUGGGCGGCGCUGCGCUCCAGGAAGAGCCGCUCACCACCAAUCAGGAGCCGGAGGACUGAAGCAGCGUCACCGUGUCACAGCUGCUCCCACAGUUUAAGAGCAGAGAGUCGCUCGUGUCUGCUUCACUUUUUCUCCUGUUGAAAGCAACAAGCAGAAACAUGGCAAGAACCAAGCAAACCGCCCGUAAAUCUACCGGAGGUAAAGCUCCCAGGAAGCAGCUGGCCACCAAGGCUGCGCGUAAGAGCGCGCCUGCCACCGGCGGCGUGAAGAAGCCUCACCGUUACAGGCCCGGUACCGUGGCUCUCCGAGAGAUCCGUCGCUACCAGAAAUCCACGGAGCUGCUGAUCCGCAAGCUGCCCUUCCAGCGCCUGGUGAGAGAGAUCGCUCAGGACUUCAAGACCGACCUGCGCUUCCAGAGCUCCGCGGUCAUGGCUCUGCAGGAGUCCAGCGAGGCUUACCUGGUCGGCCUGUUCGAGGACACCAACCUGUGCGCCAUCCACGCCAAGAGAGUCACCAUCAUGCCCAAGGACAUCCAGCUGGCUCGCCGCAUCCGUGGAGAGAGAGCUUAAACUCUGUGCUUAUGCUGCUCCACUAACCUCCACCUCAACGGCUCUUUUAAGAGCCACCUGACUCUCAACUCUAGACAACUGUUCUCUGCCGCCUCAAUACAUUUAAUAUUUUUUUAAUUUUAGUAUAAUACAAGUCACAUAUCAAUUAAUUGUUGUCUUCCAUUAUGAAUAAACACAUCUUUAUGUUUUAUAUAUUUAUUAUAAUAUCAAAGCUGUCAUCAGUAAAUGUGGUGAACACCAACAUAACUAUACUGUUCAUACUUUGUUAGUUACUCAGUUACAAUUUAAGACAUUUCUACUCUGUGUAACUUGCAAAUGUAAGUUCAACUGCUGCCUUGAAAUUGUAAAUCAACUAGACUUAAGUGAUAGACUGUUUUGACUAAUAAA